CUUGUAAAUACUCUUCUUUAAGAAGGACCGGUCAAAGUUUGUUGAUGUGGCAAAACAACAAGUUACAUACUCCGAAACUGAAAUAAAGAUGCCACCAAAAGGAAAACAGGGCACAAAGGGCCAAAAGCAGAUUGAAACAGAAAAUAAGGAGACAUUAAAGUUUUAUAUGUACAUAAUACUAUGUGCAAUUGCAAUAUAUUAUGGUGCUCAAUUCAUCCUGUUCAGUGACUCAUUUACAGCUUUCUACAUUGUACUAUCAAUACUGGCUCUUUGCGUAUAUGGAGGCUGCUUUAAGUUCAUGAGCAGCAUGUCUGCAGGAAAUAUUGACCUCAAUAUGGAGUCAGGCAUGGCAGAGCAUGCCAAAGACAUUAUUCUGCUCACAGCCAUCGUUCAAACGUUAUCCCUGCUUUCCAACUACUUCUGGUUGAUCUGGCUAGUGGCACCAGGAAGAGCAUUUUAUAUAUUAUGGGUGAAUAUUUUAUCGCCAUGGAUAUUUGCUGAGGCACCUGAAGUAGAUGACAAGAAGCAAAAGAAAAUGGAUAGAAAAAUGAAGAGAAGGCAAUGAUAAAACUCUGAGCAUAUUAAACUGGGCUUUAUAUAUUGUCAGAAAUAUUCAAUAACAGUGCUGCUUAUCCUAGUGAAUGGGUCUACAGGGUCAUCCCAAUUCCUGGAUAGACGGUUUCUUUCCGACUUGUGAACAUCCUUAUGUUUAAUUUUCAAAAUGAAAAGGUUGACAACAUAAUUGUAUCACAUAGUCAUAUUUGUUGCCACAUGCUUUAUUGGAAUUUCUGAGCCGGAGUCCUAUUUUAAUUUUCUAAAUUUUAAUUGUUCCUUUCAGCUGAAUAUGUUAGUAACCCGUUUGUUUGAACCAUGUUGUCCAAUGUUUCAUGAGAUUGAAAAGAUUUUAAAAUGCAGAUGUACAAACGUAAGAGACUUACUUUUCAUAAGAAAGUAUGCUAAAAUACUUGUACUUUUUUUUAAUCAACUUGAAAUGUACAAACUCACAAUUUUUGUAAUGUUUGGUGGUAAAAGCAUAAGCGUUUUGUUCCAGAAUGGCAGGGUUUUAAUUUACAUUAUUUUCUUUUUAUGUCCCCCGCUAUAGUAGUGGGGGACAUAUUGUUUUUGCCCUGUCUGUUGGUUGGUCUGUUGGUUGGUUUGCGCCAACUUUAACAUUUGCAAUAACUUUUGCAAUAUUGAAGAUAGCAACUUGAUAUUUGGCAUGCAUAUGUAUCUCAUGGAGCUGCACAUUUUGAGUGGUGAAAGGUCAAGGUCAUCCUUCAAGGUCAAAGGUCAAAUAUAUGGGUAAAAAUCGCUCAUUUAAUGUACACUUUUGCAAUAUUUCAAUAUUCAAGAUAGCAACUUGAUAUUUGGCAUGCAUGUGUAUCUCAUGGAGCUGCACAUUUUGAGUGGUGAAAGGUCAAGGUCAUCCUUCAAGAUCAGAGGUCAAAUAUAUGUGGCCGAAAUCGCUCAUUUUAUGAGUUCUUUUGCAAUAUUGAAGAUAGCAACUUGAUAUUUGGCAUGCAUGUGUAUCUCAUGGAGCUGCACAUUUUGAGUGGUGAAAGGUCAAGGUCAUCCUUCAAGGUCAGAGGUCAAAUAUAUGUGGCCGAAAUCGCUCAUUUUAUGAGUACUUUUGCAAUAUUGAAGAUAGCAACUUGAUAUUUGGCUUGCAUGUGUAUCUCAUGGAGCUGCACAUUUUGAGUGGUGAAAGGUCAAGGUCAUCCUUCAAGGUCAAAUAUAUGGGUCAAAAUUGCUCAUGUAAUGUCAGGUCUGCAAUAUUGAAGCUAGCAAUUUUAUGUUUGACAUGCAUGUGUAUCUCAUGGAGCUGCACAUUUUGAGUGGUGUAGGGAAGGUCAAGGUCAUCCUUCAAGGUCAAACGUCAUAUACGGGGACAUAGUGUUUCACAAACACAUCUUGUUAUCAUAUAUGUUUUUGUGGUGGAAAUACUGUAAAUGUUCAACGAAUUUGCUAAAAUCUAUUUUGUCAAGACACUAAACCACUUCAAAAUAGACCAAAGUCUAUGAAUAAGUCAAAUUAAAAUAAUAUGUUUUUAGAUAAUUUAGUAUUCUAUUGUAGAAUGUAAUUUGUUAUGCAGUAAAUAUCCAGCCUUAAAUAUGUAGUGUGCGUAUAGAAUACUGAGUUUGUCAGAUAUUAUUGUCAUUGCCAAUUCUUGUAAAAAAUGCGUUGGUAUAUUGUUGAAAUGUAUUUACAAUUAGGUAAUGGAAAAUAAUUGUUUUGACACUCAAUGUAAAACUUUUUAUUUUGAUAAUAAACAAUUUUUAAUUUGACGAAAUACAUUUUAUUGUUUGGAUCUGUCAGAUAUUUAUACACUGGGCAAAAGUGACAACGCACCACACACUAAAGAGCCCUGUUAUUCUUAAUAUGAAAUUACAAAUCUUAUUGAAGUUUGGCAAUGUGUUCUGAGAAAUCCUCACCUGCACAACCAUAUACUUGUCAUAAUAUAUUACUGACCAUUCCUGUCUUGGCCAUAACUUUGCCAUAUAUUGAUGGAUGUUGAAAUAACUUAGAGCAAAUGUAAACCAUCCUAAGAAGACACGUUGCAUGUAACAACCGUCUCCAAACCUCAAGGUCAAUGUCACACCAAGAGUAAAAGGGUAAAAUUGGACCAUGAAACAGCUUUAAAUUCCUCUCUCAGUCAAAGCUUAGCCAUGUAGUGAAGAACUUCAUAUCUUAACACAGAUUCAGUACAUCAUUAGACGCCUGUUACACAUGUUUCCCUACCUCAAUGGUGAAGGUAAUACUUGAGUUUCAAGGUCAAAUUUUGUCAUAAAACCGCUUGUCCAGACUGUAGCAUUGCUUAAAUGUGGGGCAUCCAUUCCCAAUGGAUACAUGUAUCGUUUUUAACCAGGUUUUCCGAAGGAAACAACUGGUUAUUAGAUUGGCGAUGUCAGCGGGCGGGCUGGUGGGCUGGCGGAACAAGCUUGUUUGGGCCAUAACUUUGUCGUUCAUUGUAAGAUUUUAAAAUCAUUUGGCACAUUUGUUCACGUCGAUAUCUCCGAGGUCAAGGUCACAAUUUGUGUUUGAAGGUCUAAAAUGGCCAUAAAUGAGCUUGUCCGGGCCAUAACUUUGUUGUUCAUUGUCAGAUUUUAAAAUUAUUUGGCACAUUUGUUCACCAUCAUUAGACGGUGUGUCGGGCGAAAGAAUUACGUCGAUAUCUCCAAGGUCAAGGUCACAAUUUGAGUUUGAAGGUCAAAAAUGGCCAUAAAUGAGCUUGUCCGGGCCAUUACUUUGUGAUUCAUUGUGAGAUUUUAAAAUCAUUUGGCACAUUUGUUCACCAUCAUUAGACGGUGUGUCGCGUGAAAGAAUCGCAUUGUAUCUCCAAGGUCAAGAUCACAAUUUGAGUUUGAAGGUCAAAAAUGGCCAUAAAUGAGCUUGUCUGGGCCAUUACUAUGUCAUUCAUUGUGACAUUUUAAAAUCAUUUGGCACAUUUGUUCACCAUUAUUUUACGGUGUGUGGCGCGAAAGAAUUACGUCAAUAUCUCCAAGGUCAAGGUCGCCACAACUAAAAAUAGAUUGAUUUUGAAACAACUAUGUAACUAUGCACAAUCAGUAACUAUGCACAUUUUGAUUUUGAGUUGUCUCUCUUUAUCAGACUUUUUUUUUCUAAUUGAAAUCAAGGUCAAUUUUACACAAGGAGGCUAACAAUACACAUUUUGAAUUGUCUCCCUUUAUCAGACUUUUUCAACUGAAAACCUGAUUUUGUGACAAUUUUGUCCCUUGUUAAUUUAUUAUUUUAUUCACUUUAAUUUGAACAUCGUGUAGUUUAUUUAACAAAAACAUUAAUUUAAUGACCAACUUUUUAUUUGUAGAGUUUUGCGAAUUUUGAAUGUGAUUGCUAUCUCACUUGAACACAAUUAAUUCAAUAUUAUGAUAAGUAAUAUAUAAUAUAAAAAAAAGUAUAUGAUCAUGAAGGUGGGGGAUUGUGGUAUCACAAUACAAAAUUUCAGUAAAAUUUUACUAUCAUAUUCAAAUAUACAAGUUAUUAAGUCAGUUAUGAGCUUUUCAUUUUGUUGAGUAUAUGUUUCAUGUAUCAUGGUGACUAUGUGUAAAGUAAGAAAUAAUAUUUUAUUAAGGCAGCCAUAAGUUAUUAAAUCUUCGCUAAUACUGUGCACACAUUUUUAAAUGAAAUAAUCUUAAUAGUAGUGUUAAUUUUUUUCAAAACAAUUGAAUUUGUAAUACAUUUGAGUCGCCGUUAAGAAAAAUCAGUCUUAAUGCAUGUGAGGACUUCAUUUGUAAUUGUUCUCUACCAAAAAUUUAAGAUUGAAACAAGUCUAUUAAUUAUGACUUGAUCAAAUGGAAAUGUUUCAAUCUUAAAUGAGGUACAUUUGUAUUUAAUGUAACACUACGGACAUUUGUUAAGAGCAACCAUUACCGAUAAUUAAGUAAUUAGAAUGUAGUAACAUACGUGUAUGAUGUCCGUAGUUGAUAUGUAAGCAAAUUCUUGUAUACAAUGGUUUUUAUUUGUAUGCCUAUUUUUUGAGUCAUGGACAUACCAUUUUGCAAGCUCAUAUAUCAAUUGUCUGAACUUUGUGUACAGGCAAAUGUUUCAGUAUUGUACAUAUAAUCAUGUAUAUUUAUUUUUCCUAUUUGAAUGAAUUGUGUACGAUUUCGGACUAUUAAAUAUAGUGUAACUGUUGAUAAUAUGCAUGGCUUGUCAGGAUAAGUUAAAAGUACAAGACUUUUUCCAUGAAAUAAACUUAAAACUAUUUAAA